UUUUAAUUAUGCCGAAGGGACAUACAUAAUAGAGAAAUAAGGCAUUUAAAGGGGAAUCAAAACGUAGAGCAAAGUAGAAGAGUGAAGGCAAAUUAAAAAAGAAAAUAAAGAAGUAAGAGAUCAAAAAAGGAAUGGGAAAGGAUAAUUAAUAAGAAAUUCAGAUAGAAAAGAAAGAGAAGAAUCAAGAAUAGAAAGUGAAAGUUGUAAAAGGAGUCAAUACUAAGAUCAUAGCCAUGUUUCCAAUGAAUUAAUAAGCUAAUAUAGCAGGAGUGAAGUAUUAGAUGUGAUAAUUAAAAGAUUUCGAUUAAUGUAGCAUUUGAAUAUAUAAUCAAUACCAAUAAGUUCAUAUAGUACUUAAGAAUGCUUUUUGAAUGUUGAUGCCAAUGGAAAAUUAAUUAAAUAACCAUUAAGAUUUAUAUUUUUGGAUAGAAAUCCUGAAUAGAUUCUAGACGCAUGUAAAGUAGCGGAUAUCAUAUGUCCAGUGUUAUCAUGUAGGGAUUGUAAUACUAAUACAAUAAGUUUGGAUCCUCAUAAUAAUGCUAAUGCAUUUGAUGAAUAAGGCUAUAAAUUGCUUAGUAAUUUAAGAUCAUAAGGAUUGGUCUAAUAAGUAUGUUACAUCUAGGAUUUGGAUGAAAUAUCUAUGAACAAAAGGAAUAUAGUUAAGAAAUUGUUCACAAGAUAUUUUGAGAGUGAGUUUCCUGGAGCACAUAUAGUUGAUGAUUUUUCAACGUUUAUGAGAAGUGUUGUUGUUUUACAUGAGUAAGCAAUUGAAUGGCGAGAUGUACGUGGAUAUAUGUUACCCGAUGAUUUAUGUUAUAUAAAUGGGGAGUUAAGUAUAACAGGUACAUGGAGAGGGUAAAAAGGAUUAAGUGCAGAUUAAUUAGUACAUAUAACAGGAGUUGAUGAUUUUUCAAUAGCUCGGAUUGAAUUACUAGGAAUGAUAGAGUAAGUUUAUGAAUCAACCUGUCCAGAAUCAUUAGAUCCUAUAUGUAGAGAUAAAUAACAUGAUAUAGGAGAUUGUGAUGAUCUUUUAAAAGAUAUUGCUGGAAUGUAAUUAUAAGAAGAGGAAGAAUAAAUGAUUGAAUAAGAAAGUGAUGUUAGUUAUGAGGAUCUUGAUAAAGAGUUUGAGGAUGAGGCUCAAAAGAAGCGAGAAUAAUAUGAGAUUUAACAUAGAGAUGCUGAAGACUUAGAUUAUGAAGAUGAAGUUGAAUAUGGAGUGGAGGUUAAGUUGAGAGAAAGAUAUGAUAAAUAUUAAGGAUUAAAAAACAUAAGGACAAGUGAAUUUGAUCCUCUGACAUUUUUACCAGAUGAGGCUGAGAAAAUAUAUAAUUUCCGAUUUUUGAAAAAGAUUAAGUAAGACGUAUUGUAAGAAAUGAAAGAGAAAGAAUAAAUCUAACCUGGAUAGAGAAUAAAGAUUACUUUAAGGAAUGUACCUGAAUUGAUAGUAUAGAGACUUACUUAACCAAAUAAGAUUUAUGUGAUAUCUGGAUUACUGAAACAUGAAAGAAAGAUGACAUAAAUGCAUGUAAGAUUUCAUAGACAUUAAAUGCAUAAUAAUGUAUUGAAAUCAAAACAUUAAGUAUUUGUGUAAAUUGGAUUUAGAAGAGCUCAUAUAAAUCCAAUAUAUUCUCGUAUUCUUAAUGUAUUUAAUUUAAUAUAAUAUAUAGAAUUGUAAUAAAACAAAAUAUGUUAAGGAAAUAAAAGAUGAUUAAUUUUAUUUGGCUUCCUUUUACUUUUAUAAUUCAUUUCCAUAAUAACCUGUAAUAUUUUGGUAAAAUGACUUUGAUUUCAGAAACAGUGAAAUUAUGGGAGUCGGAGAUAUUCAAAGAUGUGAUACUUUUUAAGUAAUCCUUAAGAGAAUUGUACUUACUGGAUAUCCUGUUAAAAUUAAUAAACGAAAAGCAGUUAUUAGAAUGAUGUUUUUCAAUCCAGAUGAUAUUAAAUUCUUCAAACCUAUCGAACUCUCUACCAAAUUGGGAUUAAGAGUAUUUAAUUUAUUAAUUUAUAGGGUAACAUCUUAGAACCAUUAGGAACGCAUGGACUAAUGAAAUGUAUGUUCAACAACUUUGUUAAGCCUAAUGAUGUGGUCAGUCUCUAAUUGUAUAAGAGAGUACAUCCUAAAUUUGUGAAUAUUUAAAUAUGAAAUAUUUAUAAUGUGUG